AUGAAAUCUCAAGGAAAUGAACCCGCUUCAUUUAGCUCCCCUGAAACUCAAGAAAAUGUUGUAGAAAUUGGUGGGGGUACAAGUUCUAUUAAUGUACCACCAGAGAAGGAAGAAUUGAUAUAUGAUGUUGAACUUCUUCCUCAUGAUCCGGGAAAAAGAAUGAACAUAAUGGAUUAUCCCCCAAAUAAAAGAAAUGCGGUGAGGAGAGCUUAUAUUCUCAAAAAACCUUGUCAACCAAAAACUCACAACUUCCCUCAAAGACAAGUAGGAGGUUUACGUCGUUUUAGUGUGAAUUGGUUCAACAAAUGGGAUUGGCUUGAGAAAUGGAAUAAUUCGAAACGAUUUGAGAAUCAUGUUGGUGGAAUUAAGAGUGCUCAUAAUCUUUCUUAUGAGAAGUUUCUUUUGGGGCGAGGUUUGGCAUUUCGUGGGCAUGAUGAAAGUGAUGAGUCUCAUAAUAGGGGUAAUUUCAUUGAGCUAUUGAAAUGGUUAGGAGAAAAGGUUAAGGAAGUAGGUGAUCAUACUCUUGAAAAUGCACCCGAAAAUUGUCAAAUGACUACUCCCCCGAUCCAAAAAGACAUUAUUAAUUGUUAUGCAAAAGAAACAACUAAGUGCAUAAUUGAAGAUAUUGGUGAUGAUUACUUUGCUAUAUUGGUCGAUGAGUCAAGUGAUGUGUCCCAGAAAGAGCAACUAGCUCUUGUGUUUGCGCUUUGUUGA